GGCGGGGCAAGGGGGGGGAGGACGCAGCACGCGGGAACGAUGGCGGCGGAGGCGCGCGUGUUCGGGGACCUUCGCGACAAACUCCGUCACAAACAGCAGCAGCAGCAACAACAGCAGCAGCAACAGCACAGGGGCGAGCGCGACGAGAGUGACGAGCAGCACGAGCAGCAGCAGCAGCGUAAGAAACAGCACGAGACAGCCGCCACAGAGCUGGGCGAGCGCGGCCUCAAGCACGGCCGCGACGAGAAGGAGGCUCCUGCUGCUGCUGCGGCGGCGGUGACGACGGCGACGACGGCGGUGGCGGUGGCCCGGGCUCGAGAGGCACCGCGCGGCGCGGACAAGCAGCAGCAGGAGGAUGAGGCUGAGGUGAAGAUGGAGAAAGAGGUGAUCGAGCACGACGCGAAGCAGCAGCAGCAGCAGGAGGAGGAGGAGUGCAAGGCCGUGGAUGUGUCGAUGGACGACGACGAGGAUGGCGACGACGAGAUAGCCAAACUCGUGCGUACGGGCGUGCGGCAGGUGAUCGCCUUCUCCGCCGCCGAGGUGGCGCGCAUCGAGGGCCGCAUCGACGAGGUGGUGCGACGCGGCGAGGCUGGCGCGCUCCGCACCGGCACCGUGGACCGCGCGCCUCUGCGCGUCAAAUACUUCUUCGGCGAGGGCUACUCGUACGGCGCGCAGCUCGAACGCCGUGGCCCCGGUCAGGAGCGGCUGCUUCCUCGGGGCUCCGUGGACGAGAUCCCUCGCUGGGUACGGGACCUCGUGAUCGCGCCCCUGGAGCGACGCGGCGUGUUGCCCGCGGGCUUCGUCAACUCGGCCGUCAUCAACGACUACCUGCCCGGCGGGUGCAUCGUCUCGCACGUGGACCCCAUUCACAUCUUCGAGCGGCCCAUCGUGUCGGUGUCUUUCUUCAGCGACUCGGCGCUCUGCUUCGGUUGCAAGUUUCGCUUCAAGCCGAUACGCGUGUCCAAGCCCGUGCUGUCUGUGCCCGUGGCCCGCGGCUGUAUCACCGUGCUCAGUGGGUAUGCUGCGGAUGAAAUCACGCACUGCAUACGUCCUCAAGACAUCAAGCAGAGGAGAGCUGUCAUUAUCUUGCGCAAAACUAGGGAUGAUGCGCCACGGAUGGACUCCCUGGCCAACCAUCCCGCACAACCACUGCCAGCCCAGCAACCCCACACACGCCACCCCCAUCACCAGGCUGAGCCCCGCAAGCGCAAGACAUCGCGUCGGAAAGCGGCGCCACAUGAGGCACACUGGCCCCGGAUGCUCGAGAUGGACAAGGAGGAGAACCGCCGAGCGGCGCAGCGCAAGAGUGGGCACCGAGCAGCUCCGGGCAGUCGCCCCAAAAGGGGCGACCCAUUCGCUCACUCGGGCAGCAGCUCGGAUGAGAGAAGCCCCAUGCAUGACGGCAAGAGGCGGCGCGUAUGAAGACGGAGGAGGCGUGCGCAUAGCUCGUGGCUGGUGGGCUUGUGCAGUGGCAUUGCAAGAAGCCCCUUUCGAGCCGAGGACGGGACAGGUUUGGCCUUUUUUGGCUUAAGCGUUGUGCCCAGGUAGGUGGGUGGUCACGGCUUCUCUACAGGAUAGGAAAUGGCAUGCCUGACCUUCGCCCCUCAUUGGCAGCAGUUGGUACUAAUACAUAAUAGAUUAUGCUCGUUUGAGCAACUACAGCACAGGGUCAGAGCAUGAGGGCUUUACAAAUGGCAUGUGGAGGGGAAAUGUUAUUGGAGCUUUUGAUACAAGUUUUGAGUGUUUUUUGGAUGAUAUUUGUAAAGGUUUUGUCACUUUUCAGUAGCAUGAAUGUUAAGGCAUGUAAACUCUAAAACAAUUUUUUUUUAAUCUUUUGAUAGGAUGCAGUGUUACAAGAAUGUUGUAAACCUCCCUUAAAAGGGAGUUGUCUAUAUUGACAAAGUUUAAAUUGUUUUUAUAUAAACUCCAGUGUUAUACUCGGUUUAAAAUCGGUUAUCUUUCGUGAGUAAGGUGGAAAGAGCAAUGUUCCUAACAACUCGACACUAUACUGAUUUUUCCGUAUGUUUAUACAAAUGCAUUGUAUUAUUUCCAAAGUUAUAUGUCUAUGUUUAGCUGAGGAUGUCAAUGUCAUGCACAAGCAGCUUGUGCAAGUCACUUCGAUUCCCCCUCUACCGCACUGCACAGCUGACUUGACUUGACUUGCAUUGAUUACCUUGAGUGGUGUCGUUUAAACACCACUGUAGGUGCUCGGGAGACAGCCAUGUAUGGCACUGAUUUUUCCAUUUCAUUUUGGCCAAUGGCAUUUUUAAUUGGUGCAGACUAGAAGCACCUGAUUCAACUAAUUUAAAAGUCUUUGUUAUCGUGACUUAUUAUCUUUGUACAAUCGUCAUAUCCCCUGAAACUGCAGGAUUCAUCGCUACACUUACCAAAGGUAGUGAUACUUUAUUCAAGGUUGUGCAAAUAAUAUGUAUUUGUUUGCAUUACUUUUCAACUUCCAACAUGUUACAUUGUGCUCAGGGUCCUUGUAUGUGGUUGCUGUUUAACGGGGGACCUCGGAGCUUUUAAAAAUGCCCCCUGUGCCUCCGAACAUGGGCAUUUUGGAACAAUCACGCUCCACCAGGCAACACAAUUGCCUAUACUGUUUCCUAUCUCUUCACACUUGUGAAAUGGUGCAAAUUGAUGGAUACUUGGUGGGGGAGGGGGGGACAAAUAUACCCGAGUUAUAAUAAUUCUUUGUGCAUACCUCAUGCCAAUAGGUCACAGCACCAGGCUUUAAGUGAGCGAAAAAUGUGUUAAAGAAGCACGUAUAACGAAGGGCAUGGACAGGUCUUUUGUCAGUAAACUGCAGGAUGAGAACAAGCCUUUUAGAAAUUGGCUCAUGGGGGUUUCAUGACCAUACAUCACCAUGCUGAUCGCUGUGAGUUGAUGGCGGAGAGCAUGGACAUAGGAACAUAGAAUUACAGUACAACUUAUUUUGCUGCAUAGAAUUACAGUACAACUAUGCUGAACACCAUGUAGCACAGCCCCCCAGCUGCCUAUGAUAACCUAGCGUGCAUGGUGGUCGCUCAUCCAAGCACUAUCCAAGCUCAACGCUGAUUAGUUUGAGAUCUGAAUGACCCAAGAAAUCACCAAAUCAGCCGAAUUCUGGAUGAUUUGGUCAGACAAAAUAAUUCACACUGCAUACAGCAUCAAGAAGAAUACAACUAGCAUGAUAAUAUAUUUUUCUCUUAUCACAAGUUGAUUGCAUCCGCUGAAUUGAAUAUACAUUUCAUUAACAACUGGCUCCCAGUGUAGGAUUUUCCCCCACGUGUGCAUGGCAAAAUUUGUUUCGCCUAAUUUAAUGGCUGUGUGGCACUUUUAAUUACCUGUGCAAUAGACCAGGUUGGAUUAAAAAAAAUCGUUAAUGUUUUUAAUUUUUCAAUGUCGGUGCCUACGUACGUAGGUGUGAGUAUUCUGAACAGGUCGCUUCCUGCAGCGGUAGUCGCCUCCUACAGAGGACAAAACAAAAACACGGCCAAUCAACCCAUAAAGUUGCCCUGUCACAUGGCUAGGAUCACGUUAUUUCUCUGCAAAAGGUGUUCAGCGGAGGGAACCGUGCUGCCUAAUGUGAUUUUAAUUUUUUUGUUUCAACAUGUGUUUGGUAGAAUUCACUGCACUAGAUUGUUUGGUUUGAACUGCCUUUUGUUAAUUAUAGAAGUUGCCCAAGCACAUGUUAUGAUGAAAAGUGAAAAAUAUAAUAUUUUGCGGCAUGUGAAAAAUUAGGCCAUGCUGUGACAUUGUUUGCAAAGAAGGCCACUGUGCUGGUGUAAGCAGUAGAUUUAAAUAAUUUGAAAACUAGCUGUAAAUAGUUGUGGGAAAUAUUCACGUAACAAUGAAUACCAGGUCACAGGAGGUGAUGAUUUCCAGUAAGAAUUUACCUGGUUAAAAUGAAUGUUUGUUGUGUAGUGGAAGUUUGUUGACUGUUCUCUUUGACUUAACAAAGUGGCCAAAUCCGUCGAAUGUUACGAUUGACCCCAGUAUCUGUGCCAUGUCAAUGAAAGUUACACUGCACAUGUUGAACACAUUGCAACCAAGCUUGUGCUCGUAUGAAAUGCUACACCAGGUCAUGGUCGUCCAGGAUUCAAUGAGAAACUUGCUUCCCUGAAAUAUUCAGGGCUUUUGGUUCUCAGUAUGAAUGUAUACAGAUAUUUGAAGAUGGGGGGAAAAGGUAUACACGGUGCUAAGUGGAAAGUGAACGAUGCUAUAAAUAUGUUGGGAUUACAAUCACCAGGUGCGUGAUGCCGUAAUUGGAUGCUCAGAAUUGUCGCCUAUGACAUUCAUAUUUGAUUUAAGUAUUGUGCAUCCCAGUGGUGGCUGUUGGAGAUUUUUGUCAUCAAACUUGUUAUUGAUGUGAAUGUUUCUGGGUAUCCCUUGGCGCAUUAGUUGGGGUCGUGACACCUCUUGUCCAUUGUUUCUGAAAUGUUCUGUCAAGUACCUACUCCAUGCUGACACUGACCUUAAUUUUCUCCUUCGUUGUCUCAAAGCCACUUCUUCUGAGUCUUCCCGAGCAUGAUCUUUAUCACAUAAAUUCUAGAUAUUCUUGUGCCACCCUGGCUAUGACCAGGCUAUCUGCAGUGAUGUUUUUACUGUCUGAAUGGCACCUGCACUCCCAUAUAAUGAAAUUCGGCUGCUCUCACACACUAUCAGUAAAAUCCUACGGAACAAAUAGUGUGUCAAAAUUAUAUAAUAUACAAAUUCAUACUCGGAGACAGAAGACAGCAACAGUUAGUGCCUUAACCAUUUAACAAAUAUGCGAGUGUACAUAUCCCAUUCUUACCUCCAGUGAUCCAUCCACCACCUGACCACUCAUGUUGGUUCACUGGUGAGUGAAGCUGAACUCCUGUUAUAUCUGCAAUUUUAAUCCAGAGAUCCUUAUGAAUGAUCUCAAUGAAGAAGGCUAGAGAAAAGAAGCUAAGGAACUAGUGCAACAAAUACAAUUCUAUACCAAGCUGGCCCGAGCUAGAGAACCUCUUCAGGAGUAGCGGAGUUUAUCGCUGUGAUGCCUCCUUUGUGUUUUGUGAAUUGAGUCCUAUAGUCUGUGGUCUAUUCUGAAUGACCAGAGUUGGACACUGAGGAAGGAAGAUGAUGGGAAAUGGGUGUCCUAUGAGUUGUAAAACUAGUUGGGGACGCAACACUGGGAAUUGUUCGUCUUGACUGCCACUGUGCUGAUGACCGUUUGGACUUGUAUGAUAUGAGUUUCCAUCGCUCUAAGUGGUGACUUGGAGGUUUCCAGGUUCAUUUGUGCAUACCUAUUUAUUACUGUGCUAUGGCACUUAUUGUUCUGUUUGUGUCCACAUGUAUGAAUUUGUAUAUAUAUGGGUAAAAUGUUGGCAACAUUUUAUCAUUUAAAUUGUUCUCUGAGCUCCGGCUGAUGUCUUGAGUAGACAGAGUUCGUUCUAUGGGAGAAUGAAAGUCGUGGUUCUGUGUAGGAGAUAACACAUUUUGAGGUGAUUGCUAAAAGUUAAACAAUCUCUUUAACCUGUUUGUUGUUAAACCCCUGGCACUUAAUUAAAAAGUACACUUUCAACUGUUGGCCAAAUUGACAUUAAUCUUAAAUGGCUUUCCAUCUCACCAAAUGCCCUCACGUUGAGAGCAGCUUUUGAUAGACUCCAGUGGAAGAUCAAUACUUGACUCUGGUUUUUUGGAAUCUCCUGACUCCAUCUGUGUUGGCGCCUGCGGCAGCCCCUUAGGAAUUCAAGUUACCAACAUCCUUUUGUAAUCCUCAGGUGCCGACAACCAAUAUAAAAAGGCUUUAUUUACAACGUCAUCGAGUCUGUGAGUUUAUUAUGUCACAUAUCCUCUCAGUACCUCCAACAAACAUGAAUAUGUUCCCCCAUUGUAUUAUAAGGUAUCAUUAGUUCUACAGAUGUGGUAACCAUCUGUCUUGCACUUUAACUUAAAUUAAUACUAAUUUGGGGGGUUGUGCUCAGAAUCAAAAACACUGCCCUUUGUGUUUGGUUUUGAAGCAUUUCCAGUUUAGUGGUUUAGCAAAGUACGCUGCAAACAGGUUUUGUUAGUCCCUUUCUUCAAGCACACUUUGUCCCUUUGUUAUGUAAACUAAUGUGCACUUUAUUACAAAGUUUAGGCGUAGUGAGCAGAGCAAUUGAAAUGGCAAUUGCAUGUUGAUCAAUUGUAUAGGAAGCUUGCUUGACUAAUAUAUGCAUAUUUUUUUUAAUUUCUAGCAGGAUAUAAUUGUUCACUUAGUUUUGGUCCCAUUUUCAUCAAACUCCAGCCUGUGUCAUGUAAAUUUGAGUGCACUUGCAGAGAUUAGUUUACAACACUCGUACAAUUUGCUUGCAGCAGCCAACCAAAUACGUGUAAACUCGUGUGAUAGAUAUAGGUGUGACGGUUUAGGACGUGUGGAAUUUUAAUUCCAAGUUUUCACAAGGAACAAGUGGAAAGUGACAAUUUAAAGUCGAACAGAAAAUAAUUACAAAAUUUGUAAUAAAUUUCCGAUUGCUCAUGUUUAUAACCCAAAUGUGUAAUUGGUACCAAGGCACACAGCGAUGUAGUUAAGUCAAUUGGGAAUCCCGAUUGCCAUCAGUGCCUCACGACACAUUUAAGAAUGACCCCGAAAGCGACACUUUCACGACUCGAGACAACUUCCUUUUCUUUGUGCAUUUCGGUGGUUAAUUCGGUAAAUAUAUUUUUUAUCUUAUCACAAACUGUUUUUAUUUGGGUUUUUUGUGUACAACCAUUACUUUUUCAGUCGCUUUAAUCCCCAUUUGAUAUUGAUUUUGACAUAACGCUUGGGAAAUUGCUUUUGCCAACAUUGCUAUGUGAAGUUCCUCUCGUGUGAAAUCAUGUGCUGGUGUCCACUCUGAGAACAUCAAGCUAUUUUCUUAUCACGAGAAGUUUUUAUACUUUAGAGUCGCCCAUCCUCAUACCUUAGAAGAAUUCAACAGUGUUUAGCACAGUGCCUUGACACUGGCAUCGGUUCAACCUACUGACCCACCCAGCCAUGUUAACACAAGGCAUCAUUAUAAGUAUAGGGGGUUUAGCGUUUGAAAAGUGCAGCUGUUGCACAGUUAACAGAUGGCACUUGGUUUUUGCUUAUGUAAUUGUCUUUACAAACCAGCACACUUGCUUUAUUACUGUCAGAAUGUCGGUUUACUUAAAUUUUACCAUUAAUUUCGUCUCCAUUACACCAACUUAGUCUCAUCAAUGAUGACCAUUCGUAGGCACAGGCCUGUGCCUGGUCCCAAAUGAUAUUUCACAUAAGUACAUUUUUGGCCUAAUUCGACCAGAUGAUAGUCCAACACGAUAUUUUUUUAUGAAUCAAGAUUAUAUUUUUCAAUUACAUUGCAACAGUGUUUUGUUUUGAUAUAUGUCAAAGUUGUUAAUAUGAUGGUUUGAGGUUUAAGUUAUAAAUUAUCACACAAUAUUAGUUGAGAACAAAAUACUUAAGAUUGAGGCAACCACAGGACUCGACUGUCAAUUCAUACAAAUUGGCUCUGGGGAGUGAACCGACCACUUAGAUUUCCUAAGUAGUUUCUUUUUACGACACCCACUGUUUAAUUUAGUUUCAUUGCAACAAUGUCUGUUUUCAUACCUGCAUGUUGACGUCACUGUGUAUUCUAUGCACCGAACAUUACAAUGUAUAAUUUAUCCCAUUAAUAUAUAAAUAAGAUUUAUGUCCUCAAUUUAUUUGUUGUUGCAUUUUAUCUUGUCCCUUGACAAUCACAAACUGUAUAUCAACAAAAGUUCUGCGUUUGUUUGGCAACUAAUGCUUCCCAUUUAAAUCAAACUUUGAUUCUGAGAUGGUAAACUGGGCUGGAGACAUUUCACGCGUAGGCUUUCGCAACCAGAUAUAAUGCAAAAUUCAUAUUUUGAGUCCGAUCUCAUAACUAAAAUGUGCUGUAAAUCGUUCUCCACCCGUCAAAGCCAAUUGAGAAAGUUGUCACGUGAACAAAUGUUAAUUAUUACUGUUUCAGCGCCACCGGGGUGUUUUAGAGCAAUCUCAAGACAUUUAAAUGGAUAUGACUUUUUGCUGAUACUUAAAACCAUCAUCAUCAGGCAGCAAAAUUUCACACCCACUUAAAAUUUGUCAGAUUGCUCGCCAACACAUUGGUGUACUGAAGCAGUACUACGUUGGCGCUUUUGUUCACGUGAUAACUCUAUUCAUUGACCGUGUUGGGUGGAGGAGGGUUUACAACACAUUUUAUUCAUACCAUCUGACCCAAACAAUGUAUUAUGAAGCAAUGCUGAAGAGAGUAAUGCGUUUAUAUACAUGUCCAAAGGUGGCAAACAAGCAGGUUGGUUCAUUGCAGUGUUUCUAUGACGUUUAAUUGGAGGCUGUUUUUCACACCCAAAUUUAUGGAAAAUCUAGUAUUUAUUAUUUGUAACUAUUCAUGUACACUUGUAUUUGUUCACAUUUUUAUAGUAUGCAGACAAACACGAGCUGAAAUGUUUUCGGGACAUUUAUGUUGGUUCAGUUUGACAGUUGUACAGUCAUUCGUUUGUGUUUUUGUGUUUUGGUUUAUUGUUUGAAUAGAUUUCACAUUUAUUUAACGGUGUUCAACAUGAAUGUGAAAUACAUAUAACAUGCAUACGUUUAAAUAUAUGUAUGUAAACAGCACCAAAAUGGUGAAGACAACUUAUAAAAAAUUGCUUGUUGAAAAUAAUAAAACUUUUUUUGUUACGACUGAAUGAAACUGGCUUUGCAUGCAGAUAUGAAAUACGUGGCCAGUUAGGUACCAUGUCAGACUACCGGUCAUGAGUUGGUUGUUGACUUUUUGCUGUUUACACUGCCUCUCCAUUUGUUUUGUUGUAGGCAUAGCCAAACACCUUUUUCAAUAAUUUUUUGUACAACACUGCAUAUUAAAUAUAUUGUUAGGAUUGUUUUGAUAUUAAAUGCAAGUCAUAUUUUUCCAACUGCUAUGUUACACUUGCUACAAAGUGGUAUUUUUUACGCUUGUCAAUACAAAUAAAUAGCUUUCAAAGGUCAAUAAUUUGGUGGUUUAGUGUCAGGUCGCAGAUUCGCACUUACACAAUAAUUGAUUAUCGCUCGAUGCUGCAUAACAUUUAAACCAUUUACAAGAAUGUGGUGUGCAAUUCUCUGGUAAGUUUUAAUUUCGGCAUCUGUCUGAGCUUCACAUGCCUUUGGUAAAACUGGCCUUUAGUUGGAAUGGCAGAUGGAUUAUUUGUGUUUGUUCAAUAUAGACACCCUGCCCUAAUCUUUAUAUUGAUAACGGUAUCCUUUGGAGUGCUGUGGGCAAAAAGUCGGUUAUUGUAGUGCCACUUUUUUAAUACGAGCCAACUCUGCCGGUGUUGUGACAGGAUACACAUGCUGGUAGGUUUUGAGUGUCAUGUUGAAUUUUUUAGUUGAAUCAGCAUAAUGCAUAUAUAAUAUUUACCCCCCCCCCCCUUGCAUACAAGGCAAAAUUAACACUUAAUUUGGUCUUAGUUCCAAUAAUAUACUACAGUUCUGGCAAACUAUCUGUAGCACAAAAUACAUGUAAUUUUGAAAAGCAGUAACAGUACUUGGCCCUUUAUAAACACCCACUUGGAACUCGAACCUUACAGUGAUGUUGGUGCUGAAUAGAUAACAUAUUCUUUGCUUUUUUUUCUCCUGUGUUGUAAAGCAAAAUGUUGUCUUAUCUGGUAAAUUACUUUGUGUUACCAUCUUCAUAUAUCCACUAAUCUUUAGCUAGUUCCCACAAAUAAGAUUUAAUCUGCAGUGCACUGGCAUUAGAACGCAAUGGUCACUUGCUAAUAUCUAAAACACGGUGAGUUCAGACAUUAAAAUGCAUAAAAUUAAACCGUAAUGGUCUAUUUUAAUGCAUGCGUUUCUCAGUGGGUAUAAUCCCUCGUGAUUUGUGGAUAUUUUCACAUUAUUUGAGCUCUGGCUUGCAAUUACAUACUCUUGAAGAUUACCUCACUGUCCCUAUUUUCUUGCAGAAAUGCACUCUUGCUAAUUCUCCCACAGAUCUUGUUCAUGCGGCUGUAGAAAUUGACCGUCCAGCUUUAUGCAAGCUUCUGAACGAGGUGUGUAGGAGUUCACAUUUUGUAUGGCUUGACAUGAAUGACGUUUCCCUCCAGGUGCUUCAAAUUGAGUUCCUAAAACACCCCAGCACGUGGAGCGAAACGUCGGACAUGCUGAACAACACGCGGUACAUCCCCAAAACACAUCAGGAGAGACAACACAACGGCGAAACUCUACGUAAACCUGAUUGCGUUUUGAUCAUCACAGCCAAACACUGACAGUGGUGUGAAAUACUUUGUCAAUGUAUUAAAAUAUCACAAUGGCAUGUUGAAUUUUGUAUAACAGGACAACCUUAUGUGUAUGAUUUGGUUGUGCGCACAUAAACUUAAAAAGUAUUUCUGCAAUGCAAACUGAUUCUGAGACUGUUCCUACAUGUUUGUAUAUUGUAGUUUAUAUUAACACCAAAAUGCAUCUUGUUUAACAAACGUGUAUUUUUUUAAGGAGAUGUUGGAUUAGGUUAAAUGUUUUACAUCUGCCUGCAAACUCACCACAAUGUAAUUUCCCAUAGGCAUAAAAUGGACUGCGAGUGUCAUUUUAUGCAGUGAUAGUUUCCAUUUGGGCUUAAAGAAAUUGCUAAAUUUACUUUCUUGCUGAGAUUAAAAUACUCAAACAGCCUUUUAAAAUAAAUGCAUCGGCUAAUAUGGGAUGAAUGUAAUUGCAGAGUAGUAAAAAAAUGCCUGUAAUUAAAAUGGAAUAAACUACAUCUGGGUUUUUUCAAUUCAAUAAUUAAACAUUUAUGUGGUGUUUUUAUUUUGUAAGAGGCAUGCUCAUUACAGCAAGUGUACAUACUACAGGUGAAAGAAAACUGCUGCUACAAAGUCUUGUUUUAUUGGGUGUAGAUUUCGUAUUUCAGUUGGUGCAGGUCAUUUUCAAAGUAUAACCCACCUUAAUGAUUGUUGAAUUUUGAAAACCUGUCAUUGCAUAAAAUAUAUAUCUGAUUUUUACACUCGUAGAAAUACGGGUCAUACUCUGUCUACAGAGUACUUUACAUUUUUCACAAAUGUUGUUUGGAAGAGGUUUCGCACUUCAUUUGAUAUUUAGUUUUCAUCAUGAGGAAAUAAACCCAAAACAUUGACAGUGGUGUUAGAUACAUCGUCAACUUACAGUAGAUAACUUUCACUGAUGAAAGGUAUAUAAAAAACUUAAAACAACAGCCUGAAAUGUAAUGUAUGUGCUGGUUGUACGUGCACAAUGAUUACUGCAUUCGAAGGCGAACAUCUGAUCUUUAGAGGAUGUACAUGGGCAGCAUUAAGCUGUGUUGUUAUUGUUCAGAAAGCGUUUCUUCAUGCCAGUCAAUAAUUCUCUGAGAUAACUUGUAUAUUUACUGUACAUCCCUGUAAGUUUCACACAAACGGUUUCGUGGGUUUUUUUAUGUUUAAGCUUUAAAAACUCAUUACAAUGUUUUAAGAAUGAAUACGGUUUGGUACGUUCUUUAAUUACAAGAUAAGGCUUUAUUACAGUAAUAUUUUACAUUAUUUUUUGAGAUGACACCAAAUGUUUGGCGAAUAAACAGUCAAGUUAAUUAA